AUGAACGUCUUUUAAAAUAAUGGUCUAAUCUCUUAAAAUCAUAACAUUUCUGUGAUUUUUGACCAUGUUUAAGAGUAAAUUAAAUAACAGCAUUUCGAAAUUCAACAUAUACAAUUUGAGAGACAAAAAACAUAUGAAAAAUUGAAAAAACACCUAGAAAAGCUCAAUCUAUUAGUUUAUCGAUUGAUUAACCAAUAGAUUGUUUAACAAGUUGACACUAAAUAAAAUAUCAGUAAUCAGUAAUACAAAUAUCAAAUUUAAAUGGAUCAGGAUCUAGAACUUCCUUGCUAUAGGAAUCGAAUUUUUUAAAUAAGACUUCGACUUGUUGAAAAUGAAAAGGUAAUUUGUAAUGCCAAUAAUAUCCUUGUGGAAUUAUAAAUGUAAAAAAGUAUAUAAUAUUAGAUGGACUUACGAUAACAUACCAAAAAAACUAAGUCAUAACAACAAAAACUAAUCAAUAUACAAGGGAUGUUAAUAAACGAUUAUUAAAAAAGGCUAUGGAUGUUUAAACAGAGUAUAAAUUAAGGAAGUUUCUUCUCAUUUUCCAAGAGGAGUAUUUUAAUUUAUAGUACUACCAAUAGAAGAUGGUGCAGUACUAGGAAAUGAAAGGUAUUUAAUUCAAUAAUAGAUAGUUCACUUCAUAUCAAAAAAGAAUGGGUUAAACCUCUAAUUAUUAACGAUGUUUCUAUAAAGGCAAAAAAAUUUUCUGAUAGACAUUGCCCAUAUUUUGCAAAAUCUGAUGGAACAAUUAGUUUAAUUGAAUAAAACUGA